AUGCAGAUCCAGAAUUUGAUCAAGGCCACUCGAUCUGGUACUGCCCGAGGAGCUUCAGGAGGUUAUGACAUUGCUCGAAUUUCCUGGCUAAAUGAAUGUUUAGAGGCCUGUCGUCUUCUCCCAUGGCAACCUAGUGAUCUGAUUUCUGCUCGCCCUAGCACCCGGAAACAGCUUGCCGCUAAAUUUGAUGUAUUCGGCGACAGUUACACAGAACUUUUAGACGACCGGCUUGAUAGACUGACCAACCUGCUAGCUACCAUGGACAAGCUCAUCGAGCCGCCAGUGGUCAGCGGCUUUUCAACUGAGAUGAGUACAGUACGGAGCACGGAUGAGACAAAUAUGGAUGGACUUUCUGCCUGUAAAGGCUUUGACUCUAUCUCAGGAGAACUAGAUAAUGUCCUAACGAACCCUCCCCGCCUUCCACUUCUUACAGAAUCUGGGCGCCUAGCUCUGCUCUCUUCUGAAGACUUCAUAGGCGAACCCUUGAUCGCCGGUCAGUUAUUUGGCUGCUUCAUCCUUCUGCUGCAUCUGAGACGGCCUCUUCCUUCGCCUCCUGCACCUGGCCAUGUCUUGCCAGAGAAUCACACCCACCAUGAUCUUCACAAACUUCUCGGCCGCAGUCACUACCCCUUGCUUACUACCAGCCGCAAUACAGAAGCAUCUGACAACACUAUUGAGACUCCGGACGCUUCAGUUCACACAGAUAUCGAUUUAUCCGAAAGCAAAGCUACCACUUCCGGUGUUUCGUUUAUCAAUUCCGGCUUCCAGGAGGUGCACCCUGGCCGGCGUCUUUGCAAUCGCCUCCUGGCCACCGACCUUCGCCGCCUUGGACCAGUUGUCUAUGGCCCCUUGGAGUUAGCUGCUCACGAUCCAGAUUCAGCCCUUGUGCAGAUACGUGAAUACCUGUCUCGAGAAACUUCUCUGAAGAUCUGUAGCGAUGCCACUUCGAGUUUUGAGUUGAAUGGCCCAUCUUCCUCCCCGUUUGCUUUCUCUCAUGUUGUCCUGGUGAGUUCCUUACCUAAUAAUGCCUCAUAA